GUGAGUUGGCUGCUUCGCCACCCACUAUGCUCCCGCGACAUCCCCUUUACCCACCAGCAGGCCUUUUAUGAUCCUGUUGCUCAUAUCGACAGCCCUAUUUCUCGUCAUGAAGGCCUUCUGUACCGUCUGGCGCCUCGUGGUUUCUGGCCCUGUGGUGGGAUGUGACCUCGUCCUCAAGACAGCCUUUGUCGAGAGAAGUUUGCCUGCUACCACGAACUUCCUGAGGAGGAGCCGACAGCACCACCAGCACCAGCACCAGCACCACCAGCACCAGCAGGCUCACGCCCGGCAUCGGCCGUUGCAUGGUGCUCCGGUGCCGGAGCGGGAGAGGGAGCGUGUGGUGGUGGUGUUUCCUUUUGGAGGCGUCUUCUGGUUCUGGCAAGCUGGGUCAGUCACUUUCCCACGGAAGCACAGCACAUUAUAUCACAUGCAUAGUCACCAUGCAGCCACACUGCAUCAAUUGUGAAGGUUCGCGCGUCUGUGGAUGGGAUGGGAUGGGUCGUCUGUCUGUCAGGUAUGCCGACUACCUUCGAACGCACUACGACCUCUCUGAUUGUCGCUUCGUGGGUGCGUCGGCGGGUGCAAUCUCGGCGGUGUUGACAGCGUCUGAGGUGCCGCUGGAGAGAGCGGUGGCUCGUGCCCUCGAGAUUGCCGACGACACCGACCUUUGGUCCAGGCCGCUCGGCGUCUUUUGUAAGGAGGGCACUCACUGCGUGGCCUGGCGUGGCGUGUGUGGAUGGAUGGAUGGGUGCGCGAUGUCUGUGUGUGUGUCUGUGGUCUUUGUGCUUCGUUGCGUUGCGUUGCGUUGCGUCUCGUUGCAUUUGGUCAGUCAUAUGGGGCCCUCUGAUAAGGCAAUGGCUCCACGAGAUCCUCCCACCGGACUGCGACGAACUGUGCAGGUGAGUGACUGAGUGACCCUGUCUCACCCACCCCCAACAGGCAGGCAUCUUCCGGCCGGGCCGCGUGCAUCCUUGUUUGUUUGUCACUGUCGCUGCUUACCUUACUCACCCACCCCACCACUGAUGUCAUCCAUCAGGGGCCGAGUGCGGAUGCGUGCCACGGGUCUGCCAUCGCUGGAGGCGCGUAUGCUGCCGCGGGAGGAGGGCAACGUGAGCAAGGCUGACCUGAUUGACGCGGCAAUGGCGAGCGUGCACAUCCCCUUCUUCCUUGACGGGCGGCUGUGCUGUCAAGUGGGCGAUGACUUCUACGUGGAUGGCGGGCUGCACGUCAGGUGGGUAAAAGGGAGGGAGGGAGGGGAACUGGGACGGUGGUCGAUAUUCCUGGUUGCCGUCCGUCUUACCUAUCGUGGUGUGUGUGUCUGUGUGGGCGAGCAGGCCUUUAUACGAAGGGGAGUCGCCGCUCAUCUACGUGUCGCCUCCAUCCGAGCAGGUGCGUGUCCGCCAGCCACUGACACACAAUCAUACAUACCGACACGCAUAAUGCGGUGGGUGGAUGGGUUGCAGAAGCUCUGGAACCAGCUGGGGAUGCUCAACAAAGCGGGCGUGUGGCGUCUGUUCGAGAAGGGGUACGAACACGCCCAAAGCCAGGACCGGGACGGCCACCUCUCCAUCCUCCACAAACACUCACCGCCGACCACUGACUCGUCACCGCCCCCACCACAGCAGCAUACCAUCAGGCAGCGGGUGGUCGGCGUUGAGCCGAUGAUGAAUGUGACCCGAGCUGCGGGGGCGAAGGGCAUGUUAGCAAGCGGUGGGGGGCUCUCUCUGGCGAGGGAGUACGGCGGGGAGAGGGAGAGGGGUGGUUGAGAAGGGAAGAGGUGUGUAAAGAGAGCGUAGAGGAGGGUGUAGAGUGAGUGUUGGUCAUGUGGUUUUAUGCCCCUGCCUGUGGGGUGGGUGGGAGUCAUUUCACUCUACAGCAGCUGACUGUCUGAUGAGUGUGCGCGGCGCGGUGGGCUGGGUUGGUUUGUUAUGUUUUUAGAUGGUCGGGAGCUCACUCAUGAGCCACAGCCAGCACCAGAGAGCCUGCCUUCACUCGUGAGCCAGGAAGGAGCUCUUGCACUGUCUGUGGUUGGCCUGUAGGGUCGACCCCUCCCUCCCUCUACACCGGCCAUCCGCAUCGCCAUGAAAGUGUUGGUGGCGUGGGUGAGUGCUUGAUGCUCUCUUUGUCUGCCAUUGAGGGGUUCCAAAGCUAUUGCUUACCCUCACUGGCCCUCACUUAUUCCGACCUGUGAGGGACGGAUGGACGGAUGGACGGACCUGAUGGAUGGAUGGAUGGAUGGAUGGGCUGGGAUGGAUUCACUGAAGGGUAAUAGCCAACGAAUGACCGGUCGAUUUUCUUCCUUUAUUUCUGUGUCGUCAGCUGAAAGGAGUCGGUCAGUCGGUCAGUGUCUGAGUGUGUUUGCCCCCAGCCAACUGCCACAAGUGUGUACUAACUGUCUCCCUGCCUGUCUGGAUAUCUGUGUCUGUCUGUCUGUGCGAC